CAGAGGCUAUAUAGUCACACAGAGCUGUGAAGAUGGCGUGUGUUGCGAGAUCCAGUUUUCUAUUGAUCAGUAUCUGUUUAAGAAGCACCACAUGGGCAGAUGCAAUGGUGCAAGUUACAACUUUAACCGGAGCUGUUGGUAAUAAGAUCAUCAUCCAGUGCGCUAUUGAUAAAACCCCUCAAGAUGGGGUGUACAUGUACAAACAAGAAGCAGCAAGUCAAAAUAAGCAGGAAGUCUUCUACUAUUACAAAGACAACACUUUUACCCUUAAAUCAACAAUGUACAAAUCCAAAGUCCAUGUAGAUGGAAAAAUUCCCAAAAUUUAUGCCACCUUGUCAAAUGUAAAUACCACAGACAUUGGACUUUACUGGUGUGAAUUUAAUUUGGAAGAUAAAAUUACAGUUAGCCCGGUCACAUGGUUAUGGAUAGUGGGAAAAAAAGACACCGAUAAAGAAGAUAAGAAAAAGUGCCCAGAAGAUCCUCAUGUGAAGAUCGUUCUCAUUGUGUGUGGUGUCAUGUUGCUACUGUGCAUCACUUGUUUCAUCUUUGUGAUUCUGAAGCUGAAGGGGUGUUGGGGGAACAAGAAAUACAGACCAUCAAAUCAACCCUCAGACUCAGUUUAUGAAGAGAUGAAACGGAGCAAUUUGGCCUGCCCGCCCAGUGUACGGACAUUCAUCAACCCUGACUAUCAAUCCACCAAGCUACUCCGCUAAAUACCUGUGAUAUAGAGUUUAAGUUGUAUAACUCUCUAUUUGGAUUGGCAAAGCUUUUAAAUGAUUUAUUGCUUUGUAUUUGAGUUUAUCAUUUUCAUU